ACAUGGAAGAACACUUUGGAUCGUUAUCCAGAGACUCUGCUGGGUUCUUCAGAGAAGGAGUUCUUCUACAAUGAGGACACACAGGAAUUCUUCUUCGACCGAGACCCUGAAAUGUUCCGACACAUCCUGAACUUUUACCGCACCGGGAAGUUGCACUACCCUCGACAUGAGUGCAUCCAGGCCUUUGACGAGGAGCUGGCCUUCUACGGCAUCGUGCCCGAGAUCAUUGGUGACUGCUGCAUGGAGGAAUACCGGGACAGGAAAAAGGAGAACCAGGAGCGUCUGGCCGAAGACACCGAGGCCAACGAGGGGAUGGACGCCCCCCUCCCUCCAAACAGCACCUCCAGGGAGCGUCUGUGGCGAGCCUUCGAGAAUCCCCACACCUCCACCAUGGCGCUUGUCUUCUAUUACGUCACCGGCUUCUUCAUCGCCGUCUCCGUUAUCGCCAACGUGGUGGAGACGGUGCCGUGUCGGCCCCCUAAAGGCAGCGUGAAGGACCUUCCCUGUGGGGAGAAAUACCAGCUGGCGUUCUUCUGCAUGGACACGGCCUGCGUGCUCAUCUUCACCUUCGAGUACCUCAUGCGCCUGUUUGCCGCGCCCAGCCGCUGCAAAUUCAUGCGCUCGGUGAUGUCGGUGAUCGACGUGGUGGCCAUCAUGCCGUACUACAUCGGCCUUGUGAUGCCCGAGAACGAGGACGUGAGCGGCGCCUUCGUCACCCUCAGGGUUUUCCGCGUCUUCCGGAUCUUCAAGUUUUCCCGCCACUCGCAGGGCUUGAGGAUUUUGGGCUACACGCUGAAGAGCUGCGCCUCGGAGCUCGGCUUCCUGCUCUUCUCGCUCACCAUGGCCAUCAUCAUCUUCGCCACGGUCAUGUUCUACGCCGAGAAGGGCACCAAGGGCUCCACCUUCACCUCCAUCCCCGCCUCCUUCUGGUACACCAUCGUCACCAUGACAACGCUGGGAUAUGGUGACAUGGUUCCCAACACCAUCGCAGGGAAGAUCUUUGGUUCCAUUUGCUCGCUCAGCGGCGUGCUGGUGAUCGCCCUGCCUGUACCCGUCAUUGUCUCCAACUUCAGCCGGAUCUACCACCAGAACCAGAGAGCGGACAAGAUGAGAGCGCAGCAGAAAGUGCGUAUGGCUCGGAUCCGCAUGGCGAAGAAAGGAACAGUCAACGCCUUCCUCCAGUACAAAGAAGACCGAUCACUUGGGGACCGGGACGGUGACAGCACGGCUCUGUGUAUAAAGAACAGGUCGGCCUUUGAGCAUCAGCACCACCACCUGCUGCACUGCCUGGAGAAGACGACGAAUCACGAGUUCUCAAACGAGAUGAACUACAGCGAGCUGUGUAUGACAGAGUCUGUGGGCUUCAGGACCAGUCGCAGCACCUCCCUGUCCAGCCAGCAGGGGGCGCAGAACAACUCCACCGGCUGCUGCCCACGCCGGGCCAGAAGAAGAGCCGCCAUGAGACUGGCCAACUCCACGGUGUCCGUCAGCCGGGGGAGCGUCCAGGAGCUGGACACCCUGCACGUCAAAACCACCUGUAUACCACCACAAACUCGUUCCAGCCUGAACGCCCAGACUUGCAACCUGAAGCUGAAUUGCGGGGAACAAGAUUACACCGCAGCCAUCAUCAGCAUCCCCACGCCGCCCGCCAACACGCCAGAUGAGAGCCUACCCCCAUCGCCCGCACCCAUCCCCGGCAUCCUGCGCAACACCCGAGCCACCGCCUACACCCACGACACGGUCAAAAUCUCCUCCUUAUAACGGCCGACCUCACCCGCUACUUCCUCCCAUCUCCACACCUGCCCCUCCUACCCACCAGCCAACCUCCCCCAUGAACUUCCUGUGAACCUCCGAUUCAGAACCCAGGGCACUGCUAGCUAAGAUUACAGGGACAAAGACCACGCAGACGGAUACCUCGAGGACCACCGGUUGCUUUCACUUCCUCUUUUCAGUUUCAGGGUAACGUGGAAAUGAACUGAAAUGGACAACAAAAACUGAGACCUUGACCGACUCAGAGAAGGAACCUGAACUGUUCUCCUGAAGUCUUAAGACCCUUUCAUGCAUUUGUGACCCCGACGCACAGCACAGCCUCCCCCCUGCACAGUUUUGAUCUUUUUGGAUGUGAUUGCACAAACCCCUGGAGGGUUUAUUGGAACAGGAAUAAGAGAGAUGCCAAAGCUCACAAAGGCGGACAUUCAAACCGCCUCACGUGGUGGUUCAGUUCGGUCCAUUUUGGGGGCUUCCAGAGGAAAUGUUUUAUUCUUUAAGAGUGAACAGUGCAUGAAUUUGGGUGGUCUUAAUUUGAAAGGGCAGUGACUAGUUGGGCUUGGCGAUGAAUCUGAAGGACUGUGGAGAGUUCAGGAUCGUCUCGACUCGGCCGGGUUUCAACCAAGUCUUCAGCGGUUGGAAAGACAACCAAACAACCCUGAAGCUCCAAAGACCUAUGGUUUGGAUUUUGUUUGUUGUGGGGCACGUGAUGAAUAACAGGCCAACGUGGCUCUAAAACAAAGCGUAUGGAUUAGAAAUUUGGUUCCUUUUUUUCUUCAGAGUGACAGCCUGAAUCAGUAGAGCUCGGUAUUGGACCUAUAUUGUUUGAGAUUGAGAGUUAUAGUCGAGGCGUCUUUGGAGUCUAAUGGAGUUUGAAAUCACAUACGAAUUUCUUUGCUUGCCUCUCUUUUUGGCUGCUGAAUCCACUUUAUGUCACGUGUUGAGUAAAGCUGGAAAUCCUGUGAGAACUCUGGAGUUUUGAUCCGAGUCCAGUGGAAAAACUGGACAGAACAGAGCUAUGAUCAAGAUGCUGCUGAAACUCACGACUCUUACAGUAACACUUCAAACUAAACAGGGUUAGACUGAUCUGUGCUGAGCCUGAAAACUGUUCACACUACGACACUGAGCUGAUGUUAGCGUCAGAGAGUUGAACUGGACUAAACUAAGAUGGACCUUCUAAAUGAAACUGCAGACAAGAAAUGGGUUUAUUGAGGGAAUCUGGACUGGAUUAAUCAGGUCUGACAUUGACCGGUCUGGUCUGGCUGUAGCUCAGAAGUGUUCCUCAGCGACGCCCAGACUGGGAACAAAAGCCUUUUACUUUUCAAAAUAUGCAACAUUACAACAAGCAGGAAAAUAGCAUCAACAAAUGAAGAGAAUAUUAAAUACUAACAAUAAUAAUGUGUGUUAUAAAGCUACAGUAAUAAUUGCAGGGAACAUAAUGUAAAGCAACUAAGAAUUUAUUUGUUACGUGAACUUUUCAGUGAGAGAGAGAACACAAGUAUUCUGCAGUAGGUUUAAACAUGGAGGAGAAAUGCGGCGCCAAGAGCUCUAAAGAUUAAACCAUGUUUGUCCCGAUGGCGUGCACUCUGGGGAAAAAGGAGCAAGAAUUAACAUUUUAUUCUUAGGCACACAAAUAUUUGUUCAAACCACGACCCUUCUUUAAAAUUGGCGUGAGCACAAGAGGCUAGUCGGACCAACACAAAGUGAUUUUGUCGUAACAGCAAGUCCAGAAGCAGACCACCUUACACAAAACUACCAAGAUCCUGGAGCGCCCCCUGACUCUAGAAAUACUCUCUUAAUUGUAUUCCCACUUUGUAAAUUAGCCUGUGACUAUGAAACCUCUUGAAAUGUCGUUAGGUGCAAGGCCGGCAUUAUCUUAGCAUAGCUUUGCAUAAGCUGAUCGGAGCUGUAAUGGUUAGCUUCAGGUGGAACGCUCGAUUAGCUAAUCAGGAGUCAGUUCUGCUCCAAGGAAAAGAUGCGAUCCCAUUUGAUCAGUAUGAAACAUGUUUGUAGUUUUUUUACAUGAAAAGACGACGUGAUCUUUUAAACUGGACUAAGUAGGUUUCUCAACUUGUUGCCAUCAACCUCGACAAAAUCAGAGGACGUAGCCACUGUGAUGUCACCCGUACGGUUAUGAACCACCGUUUUGCAACCCUGAAUUUUGAAAGUUUUGGUGUCGUCAGAGCUAGCUUGGUUAGCAAGGUAAAACUGUAAAGCCUGGCUCAGGACGAGUCAAGGUCUGAUUCCUGUGAGUGAGUGAGUGGUAUAAAAAUCUAAACCUAAUCUCCCCUGGUGCUCAUGUUUAAGUUCACCUGAUGGGUCAACAUCUGGGAAAAAAUGUGAAACAGAAAGUGGUAAGAAAAAGAAACAAGGCUGGGAAUGAUUCGUACCUUAACUGAGACCUCACCUCUGUGUAAAAAAAAAAAAAACAGGAUUUACAAACGACACACGACCUUCCUAAGAGUGCACGCCGUUAGCCGCAUGAGCCUUAAGCUGAGUGAGUCCUUUUAGCAAAGCAUUUCUCCAAACCAAUCAGAAGCGGGUGUAAGUGAGUGACACACGGACAGAAGAGAAGACGUACAUACUGUAACAUAUUUUGUAUCAUAAACUUUCACCUGCAUCUUCCAAUCAAAUCCUCAAAGUAAAAAAAAAAAAGGAAUAAAAAGAAAAAAAGUUAGCGAUGAAAGUCUGAGAGGCGUUCCUCCGUGCAUGAGCCUCGUACAGUAGAAGUAGCACUACUGAUCAUAGGAAUUUAUCCGAAACCAUAUCAGAGAAAAAAAGAUAGAAGAACACGACACAACGGGAAAAAAAAGUCUCAUCAUCCGUUCUUUUGCAUGACGGCUCUCUGUUUUUUUAUCCUCUCCUAUCAGUCAUCGCUUUGUUUUCCUCAUCCCCUCCCCCACCCGACUCCUGACCCCACCCGACCCGAAACUUUUCAAGACGAGUGUUUGCACCACCAAGACGUGUACGUUAGACUACAGAGAAAUAAAACGGAUUAUAUCAAAUAAAAUCAUUCAGGCAUGUUCCUCGCCAGAAUGCAAAGAGAGAGAGUGUGUGUGUGUGUAUGUGUGUGUGUGUGUGUGUGUGUGUGUGUGUGUG